CAAUGAAACUUGUUAUCUUUUUGUAUAUGGUUAGUUGUGGUUUUGCAAAUGGAUUUUUUUUUCCGACAGAAGAAGAAAAGUUAGGAGAACUGGACCAAAGUGAACCAUAUUUGUUUAUUGGUGAAUUUUUUAAUGUUACUUGUACAUUAACAUCACAAACUGUUGAAAAUGGAGACAACUCAUCUAAAUUAUUCUUUUCGUAUGGCUGGACUGAUAUAGAAGUAUUAGCUUCGGAAACAACUAUCAUAAACAAUGCUUCACUGCAAUAUAGUACCUUGAUGACAACAGCAUUUAGGAGAAAGUAUUCAUGUAACCUUCGGAAUCCUGUUUCUGUCGAUCCAUUUCCCGGUUCCAACUUUUUCACAGUGGAUACAGUCUAUGUUGACACUGAAUAUCCUCCUGAACCUGUCACAAACUUCAGUUGUAUUAUUUAUAACUGGGAUGAGAAAAUGGAAUGUAGCUGGGACUUGGGUGUGAAAUAUCGUGAAUUACAAUAUAUCGACACAAGUUUAUAUCUUGCAUAUAGUGGAUCCUGUCCUAAUAAGAAUUUACUGAAUUGUACAUGGAUAAGAGGAGGACCUCAUUUAUUUGAUCGAUCUAGUUUGUCCUUUAUAGUUAGUGUAAAGAACACUAAGCGAAAUGUUUCAGUGGAGACAGAUUGGAUGACGAUUAAACAAGCUGAAUAUGUGAAACCAAAUCCAAUUGAGAUGAUUGAGAUUGUUUCUAUUUCAAGUAGAUGUGUCUCAUUAAUGUGGAAUCAUAAGACAUCGGAUAAGGAAAAGACAUUUAUCAUCCAUAUUACUUCAAAAUGGACCGAUGAUAAGGUAGUAAAGUCAAGAGAAUUGAACACAACAGUCUGUGGGCUGAAGCCGAACACAGAAUAUAAGAUAUCAACUGUGGUGAGACCUGAAUAUAGAGAUUAUGGAAACAAUAGUGAUAUUGGAAACAAUAGUGAUAUUGGAAACAAUAGUGAUAUUGGAAACAAUAGUGAUAUUGGAUUCCCUAGUAAUCCAGUAGUUAUCAUCGCCACAACUCGGACAGACAUCCCUGAAAGACCACCAGAAGUUUUUCCAGGAAGUUAUGUUGUUUCAGUUGAGGGCUGUAGGAAUAACAAUCGUAAUGUGACCUUGUAUUGGAAAGACUUGCCAGAAACAUACCAGAAUGGUCCAAUGUUAGGAUACAAUAUAACCGUAUUAUCAGAGGAUGGCACACUGUCUACUAACCCUAUCAUCAGCAGAACAUUUACAUCCUUGCUUCUCCCAUGUAGACAUGGAGUAAUUGUGUCAUUUUUCUCGAGAAAUGAAGUCGGAGACUCGCUUGAACCAUCGAAUAUAUUCAUACCGAUAGCUAACACUGUUUUAUCUCCAAGUAGAAUUAUAGUUGAGGCCAAGAAUACGUCUAAAGAUACAACUGUAAGUGUAAGUUGGACACCAACAGAGGAUGAGAGAAUUACAUUCCACACUGUAUACUACUGUCAGUUUGACACAGAAUGUACAACUGAUAUUGAAUGGAUUAGGGCACCAAUGAAUUCUAACUUACUUGCAAUCGACCAUUUAGAGUUUGAUAAGAAGUAUAGGUUUGGUGUGUCGUCUGACAUCGACCAAGUUAGUUCAGGAUUUAAAUGGGAAGACUGUUAUUAUCUAACAGGUUUAGCUCCGUCUCCUCCAACUCAAGUUGAUGUACUGGCAUUUCCUGAAGACGGAAUAACAGUUGAUUGGCCAGACCCAAAGUGUGGGGAUUCCCCUUACAUUGAGUUUUUCAAAGUAACAUGGUGUACUGCAAGCAAAGGUACCACUGACUGUUCAGGUGAUCAAAAAGUAUUGGAAAUUCCAUCAACUGAACCAUCUAAGCUGGUAAUUUCAAAUCUAAAGGCGGGAACUUCAUAUGGUGUUCAAAUUCAGCAUAUAACAGGCGAUGGAAGAAUUAGUGAUUACAGUGAUAUGGUGUAUAUACAACCCACAAAUAAUGACUUGGCAACGUCGGAAAUAACAAGUAUAGCAGUAGGGGGAACUUUCUUGUUCAUGUUGGCAAUUGCUGGAGCUGUUUUUAUCUAUAAGCGAACAGCCCAUGGUAUCAGGGAAAUUAAACGACCUUUGGAUAUAGACACUCCAAAGAUAAAUAUAUCAAUCGGAAAUACGGUUUUGCCAUAUUCAUCGCAAUUAAGUAAAGACAGUGGUAGGAGUAGUUUGGCAUCAGAUGGGUUACAAUCUCCUGCAGUAGAUAACAAAUUAAAUUUAUUUCCUCUACCAGAAGAAACUACAAGAGUAAACAGCAAUCAAAAAUCUAGUGACGAUCAUAAAACAAGUUCUCAACAAGAAUGUAGCCCAGAAUAUUCUAAAAUGGCAUUAGAUACUGAUACUGCAUCAUCAAGACAAGAAAACGCUUUUAAUAACAUCACUGGUCCGUCAACUUUGAGUGCAGAGGAUGAGAGGAUAAAAUCCGAGAAGACGUUAUAUCCCACACAUAAACUAUGUGAAAAUGAAAAUACAGACAGUUAUAUAAAGCAUGUUGAAAAAGAGUCCAAUGUUACAGCAAAUAUUGUGCUCGAAUCUGGGUCUGAUAGUGAUCCAUAUGUAUAUCAGCCAGAAGUUCAAAUGUCAAAAACUUGUGGACAGCCAAUUAAGGACCAACCAUAUAUCAAAACAGAGACCCUCCAAGCCACUGAAAAUAGUAGAAACUAUAGUAUAGAUUCCACAAAGAAUUAUAAAGCACCUGAUGGUUUGUUAUAUUUGACUGAAGCCAAUGAAGAGGACUCUGACAUAAGUAUGAUAAGCAAUGGUUAUCUUCCUAAAGAAGCCGUGAAUAAUCUAGGCCUUUCAUUACCCAGACACCAACUCACUUCUGAUAAUUCAGGUAGCUCAACAGUAGUAGAAUACCAUCGUCUCGAUGCCAUGGAAAACCCUAAGUUACUAGAUAUUUUAACUCCACGGAUGACAGCUGGUUGUGAAAAUCGGCACGAUAGUGAUGAUUUGAAAGAAAAGUUAGGAUGUCAGGAUGUAAUUGAACAUAACAUUGAUCAAGAUCAAGAGGAUUCUAUAAGUAACUGUUACCUUAAGGAGGAAGAUAUAAGGAAUCCAGGUGUUUUGAAUUCAAACAGGGAACGAGUUCAAGAAGAUUUGAACGGUGCUUGUUACUUAAGAGACAUAGAUUUGGGAAUACUGAAUAUGGAACCGGCCCCGGAAGAUCUUAAAGGAACAAAUCACUUAACGGAAAAUAUGGAUAACUGGACAGGUAAAAGUGAAACUUUUGGAGGAUACAUCACAGAGGGAAACAUGCUAAAUGGUAACCUGAUUGAAGAGGAAAAUGUAGCAUCCUAUGUUUCAGAGUCAAAUGACACAAGAAAAGUUGAGAACUCAUUUGGGUCCGGAUAUAUCACCGAAAACUAUUUGCUGAAUAGUGAAUUUAGUGUAAAUGAUCAAGGAAGUGCCUGUUCUAAUACAGGAGAUAGUAAUGUUGGGCAGAUAUAUUCAUCAGCAGAAGAUUCACUUCAGGUGGCAAACGAAGAAAGUAAAUCUAUCGAUGGGUAUAUACAACGUAAUGCCAUAUCAGCGUAACAGUAGGAAGACAUCUGCCGCUGUAAAACGUCAAGUGUCGGCUGUUCAAAACCUUUGUCCGCGUGUAAUUAUUAAUCAUUUACUUGAUAUUUCAAUCGUUAAAAAACUUUACAUAUACUUUUACUUAUUUUAACAGUUCAUUUGUUGUUACUAAAGUGAUAUACAGAGUAUACACUUGGUUCCUAAUACCUUAUUAAACUUUUGUAUCUGACACUUAUUUAUCUAUAAUAUUUAAGAUGGGUUUACAGUUUACAAUUUGAAGCCAUCCAUUUGAGAUUACUGGUAUUUUUAAUUUGUUUCUUCAGUUGAAUAUUUACAAAUUAAGGAUUUAUGAAGUGGGACUAAAUAUAUUUCAAAAUGAUUUACACGAUGUAGGGUAAAAGUUGUUUUGUUUAGAAAUUCUUAAGCUUGAUACAAAAUGAAAAAGGACUAGGAAUCAUGUUUACAAAGAAAAACAUAUUGCUGAUGUGAAAACAGGCGCAUAUUGUCUUAAUAUAUAUGUUUACUAAUGAAAGUUAUUUCAUAAUUAUUAUUUUUCAAAUAUGUAAUUAAAGUGCACACAAAUUGACAAUCACAAAAUGUCGGAGAAACAGUAUACACUAUUGUCUAUAAUCCCAUUAACUAGAAGAUUGUUUUCAUGUAUAACCUCUUUCAGUCAUAUUGCGGCAUUUUUAAUAGAAAAUAAUGCUUAAAAUGUCCUUUGAUUCUAAACAACCUCAAGAUUAAAACAAUUGUUUAGUUUUUAUUGUAAAUAAAGGCAACAGUAGUAUACCGCUGAUCAAAACUCGUAAAUUCAUGGACAAAAAAAUCAAAAUCGGGGUAACAAACUAAAACUGAGGGAAACGCAUUAAAUAUAAAAGUUGAAACCUGUAUAUUUAAUAGUAUUUGUGUUUACCAAAUAGAUAUUGUAUUGUUUGUAAUACAUUGCCAAAUGAUAUAAGUAUUUGAUUUUGAUUUUUUUUCUCACAUUGGUUAUUGUAAAAAGAAAAUUGUAAACAAUUUCCAAGUCAGACAAAUAGCAAUUUUUUUAUUAUAGUUCAUUUCUGUGUGUGUUACAUUUUAAUGUUGUGUUUCUGUUCCGUUGUUUUUUUCUCUCAAUCGAUUUAUGAAUUUCGAACAGCGGUAUACUAUUGUUGCCUUUAUUUACAGUAUAUAUAAAAACAUAUAAUGUAUGAUAGGAAUGAAAUUCCAAGUAGAAAAUAUUGUUAUUCCUAUAAUAAAAGAAAUAGUCUUCAA